GUUAAUACCAAAUUCAAGCUAUUACUAUAGAUAACAGAUACUGGGCUUUACAUAGAGCACCUCACUUUCUUAUUCUUGCCACCCUUCAAGGCAGAAAAGGAAAGAAAGGAACAGAGAGGUUAGUUAAUUUACCCAAAGUCACACACCUGAUAUGCAGAGGAGUCAGAAUUCAAACCCAGGAAGGAUUCCAAAGCCCAAGAUCUGAUCUAUUUGACUAGCUGAUCUCCAAAAUUCGGUGUUGAUAAAGAAGUGCACCUCAUUUAAAAAAGCAUGCGUGAGUACACACAUAUGCACACACACACACACACACACACACAGAGUACUUGCUUUAUUUUUAUUUUUUUAAGUCAGCUAUCUGAGGUAUCUCUUAAGGCUCCAGAAGUCACAGGACAUAAACAGCUUUGUUCUAUUUUGUCCUCAGACCCAAAUUCUCUGUGUGACAGAACCAGCUCCAGUUUUCCUCAAACUCAAAGAUGAGACUUUUGAGUUCUUGGUUAGAACUUCCAUGAGGCCAUUAUGAUGCCAGGCCUGGGCUGUUGCCAUGGCAUCCACAGGGCCUAGGACUGGGGCUCUCACCUUCCCUGAAGCUCACUCAGGUCUCCUAGCUCUGCUGCACUUCCCACCUGCUAAGCACCUGUGUACCUUCAUCACUAAGGUACCUAGUUUCCCUCACAUCACUCUUUAUUUCCCCCACAGCCACAGCUACUCUUCACUGUUCUACCUCCUGGCUAACAUCCAGAGCCCAGGCUCUUCUGUCUGACCCUCACCUGCCCCCUCACUUUUCCUUUUCACACCCUUGCACUGACUCCGUUACCCCUGCUCUUCUACUCCCUCUGACUCUACCUACCACACUGUUCUCCCCUCUUUCUGCUCCAGCCCACUCCCUCCUCUCCUCCUCCCCUGUCCCUCACUCCCUCACUGUCUUUGCCUUCUUCUUACCAGUUGAGCUGGGUCAGCUAUAUCCAGGGAUCAUCAUGGAGCUUGAAGGGAAGAAAGAGACCAUGGCUCCUCAUACACAGAAUCCAAGCUUAACACCUGAAAGUAGUAAGAAGAAAACAGUGAAAAAGAAGAAAGAUAUGGAAGAACUGAAGAAGGAAGUACUCAUGGAGGAUCACAAAUUGACCUUGGAAGAGCUGAGUGCCAAGUACUCUGUGAACCUGACCAUGGGCCAUAACCCAGAAAAGGCAAAAGAAAUCCUGAUUCGAGAUGGACCCAAUAUACUGACUCCUCCCCACACCACCCCAGAGUGGGCCAAAUUCUGCAAACAACUGUUUGGUGGCUUCUCUCUCCUGCUGUGGAUUGGUUCCAUUCUCUGCUUCUUGGCCUAUGGCAUCCAGCAGCAUUUUGAUGAUGAACCUACUAAAGAUAAUCUAUAUUUGGGCGCCGUACUAGCUGUCGUGGUCAUCGUCACUGGCUGCUUCUCCUAUUAUCAGGAGGCCAAGAGCUCCAAGAUCAUGGAGUCUUUUAAGAACUUGGUACCACAGCAAGCUCUGGUGAUUCGAGGAGGAAAGAGGAUGCAAAUCAAUGUAAAAGAAGUGGUGCUGGGAGACCUGGUAGAAGUGAAGGGUGGAGACCGAAUUCCUGCUGACCUUCGGCUGAUCUAUGCACAAAGAUGUAAGGUGGACAACUCAUCCUUGACUGGGGAGUCAGAGCCCCAAAGUCGCUCUACUGAUUUCACCCAUGAGAACCCUCUGGAAAGCCGAAACCUCUGCUUCUUCUCUACUAACUGUGUGGAAGGAACAGCCAAGGGUGUUGUGAUUGCAACAGGAGACUGCACAGUGAUGGGCCGAAUUGCCUCACUGGCAUCAGGCCUAGAGACGGGCAAGACCCCCAUUGCUAUUGAGAUUGAACACUUCAUCCACUUGAUCACAACAGUGGCCAUUUUCCUUGGUGUCACUUUUUUUGGUCUCUCGCUUUUCCUGGGCUAUCCCUGGCUUGAGGCUAUUGUUUUUCUCAUUGGCAUCAUUGUGGCCAAUGUGCCUGAGGGGCUACUGGCCACUGUCACGGUGUGCCUGACCCUGACAGCCAAGCGCAUGGCACGGAAGAACUGCCUGGUGAAGAACCUGGAGGCAGUGGAGACACUGGGCUCCACGUCCACCAUCUGCUCAGACAAGACAGGCACCCUCACCCAGAACCAUAUGACGGUGGCCCACCUCUGGUUCGACAGGAAGGUGUAUGCAGCUGGCACCAGUGAAAUCAAACUGGUGACUAGUGGUAUUGAGAAAAUAUUUGCUGAGGGCUCUGCUACCUGGCUAAUCCUGGCCCGAAUUGCUGGCCUCUGCAACCGUGCUGACUUUAAACCUCAUCAGGAGACUCUGCCCAUAACUAAGAUGUCCAUCCACCUUCAGGAGGAUGACUCCCAAGCCCAUGUGCUGCUGAUGAAGGGUGCUCCUGAGAGGAUCUUGGAGUUCUGCUCAACUAUCCUCCUGAAUGGACAGGAGUACCCACUUGAUGACAAAAUGAAGAAUGCCUUCCAAAGUGCCUACUUGGAACUGGGAGGUCUCGGGGAGCGAGUGCUGGGGUUCUGCUUCUUGAAUCUGCCUAGCAGCUUUCCUAAAGGAUUCCAGUUUAAUACAGAUGAACUAAAUUUUCCCAUGCAAAAUCUGUGUUUUGUGGGCCUCAUAUCCAUGAUUGACCCUCCUCGAACUGCUGUGCCUGAUGCUGUGAACAAGUGCCGCAGUGCAGGGAUUAAGGUGAUUAUGAUAACAGGGGAUCAUCCUAUUACAGCCAAGGCCAUUGCCAAGAGUGUGGGCAUCAUUUCAGAAGGCAAUGAAACAGUGGAAGACAUUGCCGCCCGGCUUAGGAUUCCCAUCAGUCAGGUCGAUACCAGUAACAUUAAAGCCAUUGUGGUCCACGGCUCAGAGCUGAAGGGUAUGAACUCACAGCAGCUGGACCAAAUUCUCGAAAACCAUAAAGAAAUCGUGUUUGCUCGGACUUCCCCACAGCAGAAGCUCGUCAUUGUGGAGGGGUGUCAGAGGCUGGGAGCCAUUGUGGCGGUAACAGGUGAUGGGGUAAAUGACUCACCGGCUCUGAAGAAGGCUGACAUUGGCAUUGCUAUGGGCAUCUCUGGCUCUGAUGUCUCUAAGCAGGCAGCCGACAUGAUCCUGCUGGAUGACAACUUUGCUUCCAUCGUCACAGGCGUGGAGGAGGGCCGCCUGAUCUUUGACAACCUGAAGAAGUCCAUUGCGUACACCCUGACCAGCAACAUCCCCGAGAUCACCCCCUUCCUGCUGUUCAUUAUUGCCAACAUCCCCCUCCCUCUGGGCACUGUGACCAUCCUCUGCAUUGACCUGGGUACUGACAUGGUCCCUGCUAUCUCCUUGGCCUAUGAGUCAGCUGAAAGUGACAUCAUGAAGAGGCGUCCACGGGACCCAAAGAUUGAUAAGCUAGUGAACAGCCGUCUCAUUGCCAUGUCCUAUGGACAGAUUGGGAUGAUCCAGGCUCUGGCUGGAUUCUUUACCUAUUUUGUGAUCCUGGCUGAGAAUGGCUUUAAGCCUUAUGAUCUGCUGGGCAUCCGCCUGAACUGGGAAAACAAAUUCUUAAAUGACCUGGAGGACAGCUAUGGACAGCAGUGGACCUACGAGCAGCGAAAGAUGGUGGAGUUCACUUGCCACACAGCCUUCUUUGUCAGCAUCGUGAUGGUGCAAUGGACCGACCUCCUUAUCUGCAAGACCCGCCGCAACUCGAUCUUCCAGCAGGGCAUGAAAAACAAGAUCCUAAUUUUCGGGAUCCUGGAGGAGACAUUCCUGGCGGCUGUACUGUCCUACACUCCAGGCACAAACGUGGCUCUGCGAAUGUACCCACUGAAGAUAAACUGGUGGUUCUGUGCCAUUCCCUACAGCCUUCUUAUCUUCAUCUAUGACGAAAUCAGAAAACUUAUCAUCCGUAAACGGCCUGGCGGUGAGGCUGCCCUGGGCCCUCCUCUGACAGAGUGGUCACUAGUCCCUAAUGACCUUUCCCAUCGGGCCUGCUUCCUCCAGACUCACUAGCAUUCCCCCACCUCACUGUCUGCCCUUUCCUUUGCCUGGAACCAAACCCAACUCCUUGACUACAACACCCUGUUCCUUCCAAUGUUUAGGGCCAUGGUCUGCAUGGCAGGCCUCCCACCUUCUCCUCGUUGGUCCUUUUGCUGAACUCCCCUGGAUGUCUCUCCUGCCACCUUCUCCCAGUCUACUCUGGUCUUUUCUUCUCCAUAGGCUGGCUGGAAGAGGAGACAUACUACUAAACCCACCAGAAGACCAGCGUCACGUGACAUGGUGUCACAGGAGCCAGGAUUAUGAGUUUAACAUAACAUCUGAGAGAGAUCUGAACUGGGGCAGAGACUAUUAAGAAUUACCCUGGAUGAGAGAGACAGGCAAUCUUGGGAUUGGACCAAGGGCAUCAUGAGUAGGAGAUGGGGUGGGGUGAGGGGAAACCCAGCUUGCAUCUGGCUGGAGCCCAAUGGGGAGGGGCACAGUCCUGUAGAAUCCAGCAGUCAGUCUAGAGAGUAAAUGUUUGGAACAGCCCUCACCUGGUUGGACGUGUCACAUCUGAUUUUUGGGGAGUGGGAGAUUGCUAUGAAUGAAGCUUACAUUUUCAUAGUAACCAGGCAAGGAAAGUCCUUCAGGAACCUGAGAAGAGGCUGGUUGGGGAUUCGAGUCAAGUAUCCUUGCCCCUUGAGGGUUAUCCCCUAUCUUAAAGUCACUCUCUGAUAUCCUGGAAAAGAACAAAUGACUGCCCCAAAAGUCCAACUGGGAUAAGAGAAUGGAAGGUGGGUGAGAGAGGAGCAAGCAGCUGAGCUACAUCCUAUAGAGAAGGCCACAGCACCCAUCUGAGACUCCACCUUGGAUUUCCUUCCUCUUCUCCCCCCACCCACUAACUUGCUUUUUUCUCAGUGAGCCCCUCCACUUGGCCCCAUGGCUCAGUUCAUUCAGAUUACUGGCCAUGAGUUGUGGUUCUAGAAGAGACUUUAUGCCACAGUGAAUAAUCUGAGGUUCAGAGAAGUUCCAUGACUUGAAAACAGUAGCAUGGUGUGGGAGUGACCUCCUCUGAUUCAGAGUGGUGGCCCCUGCCAUCCCAUUCUGUCAUCAGGGCAUCUCAAUCCCAUCCCAACCCUCAGCCUGUUUUCUCUGGUAGGUAAAUGCUCUACCACUGAGCUAUACCUCCAACCCUGAAGCCAGGCCCUUUGCUGGUCUGGUUUCUGAUGAGUGAGAAGGCCCUGGGAGCCCCUUUCCUGUCCAUCCUCCUCUCCAAGGUUCUUCCUUUCCCUUCCUCUCCUCCUUCCUCUCCUUCCACUUUGCCCUGUAGCUAAGUUCAUUCUUGGGCAUCUUUCAGAGUAGAGAGUUGAGUCUUCCCAAAAGUACACAGAAAAAUAAAUGUAAGGAAAACUGGGGGAAAUUUGUCAACUAUAAAUUUUCUCUCUUUUUGUGGCCAGUACUGGGUUUGAACUCAGGGCCUCCCACUUGCUAGGCAAGAGCUCUACCAUUGGAGCCACAUGCUCAGCCCAAUCAGCUGUUCCCAGAAACAAAAUGGAUAUAUUAAGUGACUUCAUACUAUGCCUGGCACUGAGACAAGGACUGUACACACACCAUCAAUUAAUUCACACCAAUAUAUUCCUACCUCUUCACCCUGUUUCAUAAAGAGGAAACCAAUGUCUGAUUCCAAAACGUGUGCCCUUAACCACUUUACAUACUAGUCUUACAGUGAGGGCUGGACUAAAGCACAAAUAAAAACAAAACAAAAGCAAAACACAGGAUAGUGGUGGAGGAAGAACAGUAGAUGGGUCUGAAAGAUGAGGUAUGUCUCCUUCUGGUUCCCCUCCUUCUUCCAACACAAGGUCUCCUAGGGACAGGGCCAUAUAAGUCUGGGGUACUCCCCGGCUGCUGACA